CCGCGACCUCCGCGAAAACAAUGGCAAUCAUUUUUCGACCGUGGAUAAUCACGGGCAAUCCCUCGUGAACUUGGCAACGACGUUGCAAUUAAAUAUAGAUCGGUAUUGUUAUACAGGAGAACCAUUCCGUGCUAAUUACAACAGGUGUGGAUACGGUGUGAAAACAAAUUGAUUAGGAGAUAUAUAUCUAUAUCAAGAAUCAUAAAUCGGACGCGAGUCACUUAACAUUCGCUCGAUUUGUUUAACCCUACCAGUAGCAGCAGUCCCUGUCCCACGAGUCCACACCUGUUCCGUGCCGAUCAAAACCUAGACCUAUUCGAUCCCGUGAGAAAAAGGUAGCGAUUAUACGAACGCGUAUGUGUAGAUUGCUUUUUCGGUGGUGAAGUUUGUACGAGAGCUCAUCGUCGGGGAAAAAUCGCAGUAUAUGUAUCUCGUAUACCGAAGGACGUGUACGGGUUUAAGCAGGAGAUAUAGAGGGGACCAGUGACGGAGGGGAAACGAGGAAUCGUAGAGGACUACGGGGUAGAUGGACCGGUAGACGAGAGGACGGAGGGGUGAGGAUGAGAACGAUGGUGCUCGGUGGGGAGAAAAGGGACUCGGAACUCGUGUCGUAGCGGUACGACGUUCGGUCGGGUAUCUCCGCAUCGUGGGCCACACGCUCGGCCGGUAUCGGCUCGCAUACGCGCUCAGUCGUGGUCCGGCCUCGCUUGCGUACAAAUGUCAGGCGGGAGCCAUUUGAUAGGACAACAGCAUACGUACACAGUGUUUUCUUCUUCUGUCGUCGUACAUACGUGUGCCCGCGAGAGUGCUUACAUAUACACAGACCUGUGGCAAAUAUAAUACACGUUCGUAUAUAUACGUAUAUCUAAUACGCUCAUCUCUCUUUCCGACUUUGUUCUUCGAUCAUCUCUAUCUCGUCUUCUCGCGUAAAAGUCACACGUACUUAGAAGGGACUUAAAGUGUCGCGUGUGAGUACAUCGGGAGUAACAAUACGACAGUGCUGUAUCGAAACGUUAUCUUGUGACUGAUAUCGAUAUAUUAUAUCUGUACAUAUACUGAUAGUGCAGCGACAGCAGUGACGAAGGGACGUCGAGUCUAACGUGCUCCGAUUAACUUCGUUCCGUUAGUCAGCCGAGUGUGUGGUAAAGCUGAGAGUGCCUGCGAGAGCAGGAAGGAAGAACAAAGAAGCGACGUCCUCUGCCAGUCGGUGGAAGCAGAGCGGGGCUUGCGAAGACUGUCCCCUUCUGAAGUCUCUCUUCUCUCUGGAUCUUCACCCCUUUCUCUGUGGAUCUUCAUCUCAUCGGGUGUUCUCCUACUCUGGGCUCCGUCUCUGUCUCUUCGCUUUCUUCAUUUCUUCGCCAUCGAUAUCGUGUGAACACAGCAACGAGAAGUUGGUUUCGUCUUGAGACGCUAAGAUGAGAUUGGAGGAAGACCUUGUGAUUCGUAGGAGCAGACCAACGAUGAUUUCGGCCAAGUACCGUGCGAGGGAGGAACGUCGUCGCUUGCUUAAAAUUUCAGCCGGUAAGCUAAGGAGGAUCGAGGACCCAGAGGCUAGCCUGUGCAGAUCGGUUCUCAUAAAUAACGCCGUCAGGCGAUUGCAACGUGAAAACCGAGACGAAAAGACAAGGAAUUACGGCCUUCCGGUGGUCACGUAUCUAAAUGAUUCCACGAAAGAGAAUAACGUCUCCAGCAACCUUAUCGUCGGAGUAACAGACGACGAAACGUCCUCCAGGAAGAGAUUAAGCGAUGACACGCGGAACGAUGGAAUCAGCCCCAAGCGACAGAGGCACGAUGAUCUUGACCUUCAGGACGAUGUGUUCAGCGACUUUUACAUUCUGCCACCUACUCCGCGAUUAUUAUCUCAUAUAGACGAAGUCCAGGAACCCGAAUCUCCGCAUCAUCACCAUCUGGUGUACUCUGAGGACCGUCUAGGCUCCGUAGAUGUUCGGUCGACAACAACGAUCAUCAGCAGUAGCACCGCAAACACAACCACCACCACUAGCACCAGCACGUCCGCGAGUAGUUGCUGUAACUCCGUCAUGUUCCCUACCGAACUAGAUGACACUAGCAGUCAACUAACCAGUGUUGCUAGAUCUACCGAUGUAGGCAGCAUAAUGGAGGCUUCGGACGUGGUCGACCCUGACAGGAUCUGCGAUUUUGCAAGGUUCGCAGAUUCUGCCAAGAGUCUAGAAGAACGUUUAGUCGAGUUACAGUCGCUGGACGAACAUUUUGACUUGGCGAAAUUCGAGAGGAACAACAAUCAGAGUUGUGGCAGAGCGUUCCACGAUAUCCAGACCUUCCACAGUUUAGUACCUGGACUGGAAACCUAGAAGGGUGCCUCGUGCCUCGAGCACCCUCCUCUCGUCGUGUCUGGCUCGACAGAAAAA